AACAUGGACCAAUCAGUGUGCAUUGGGAGGGGCCAUGUGAGCGUGCUCAGUUGCUUCCCGCCCUCUGUGGGCCGAGACGUUACUGUUGCCGUGGUGAAGCCCCUACGAGCCGGCAUGAGAAACCCCGACACCCGCAGCCUGCUGCACACAGACAGCCAGGUGAAGUGGACGAUGGAGGUGUUGUGCUACGGCUUGACUCUCCCAUUGGACGGAGACACCGUGCAGCUCUGCGUAGACGUCUACACUGAUUGGCUGACAGCCCUGGUUUCCCCGAGAGACUCCUUUCCUCCACCAAUCAGCAGAGAGCCCAACCUGUACACCCAGAAGAUCCUGCGACACCUGGGCGGCCUCUUCCUGUCCAGGUCGGAGCAGGCGAGUCCCGUCUACCUGUCUCUCUGUCAGCAGGUGUUAAUUGCAGUUCAGUCAUUGGCCAGAGAGAGCGCUGUGAUGAGUGGAGACACCUGGGAGACGCUGCUGCACUUCCUGCUGCGCAUCAACAACAACAUGCUGGCUCCGCCCACAACCACAGAUGUGUCGGAGCAGCUGUCUCACCUGUCGAUGGCAGUACUGUUUGAGGUCUGGUUGCUGUCUUGUUCUCGGUGUUUCCCGUCUCACUCUCUGUGGCAGACGGCCAGACAGAUGUUGAGCAGCUGGAGACAUCAACUGGCUGUGGUGGAGCAGUGGAGCCGAGUCAUGGCUGCCCUGACCUCCAGGUUGUUGGUGUUGAGCUUCGGUCCGUCCUUCCCUCACUUAAAAGUCCCAGAUGAAGACGCUGCUCUGAUCCCGACAGACAUGGACGACCAGCGAGUCCCCCAGACCUGGUUCAGGUUCCUGCACCUGCUCAGUAAUCCGGUGGACCUCAGUCGACCCGUGGUUGCUGGUUCGACUCCUUCCCACCCCGAGGAGGCGAUGCGAGGAGGUGGCCGGCUGCCAAACAUCUUCUUCAGAGCCAUGAAAGGAGUCGGCACGAUGGUCGACGCCUUCCUGGGUGUGACUGUAGUCAACAAAGACCCAACAGAGCAGCAGCUGUCAAACACUGGAGUUACACCGAGGAUCCAUUUCAGAGACCGGCUGCCUUCUCUCGGUGUUGCUGUCGCCAGGAGCCCGUUUAAAGACCGCCUCCCCUCCUAUGGUAUCUCUCGACCUCGUUCUGGCAGCGCCCCCCCCAUCCCGGUGAACAUACUGAGCGUGCACAGUACCCCCCCCUCCACCACUUCUUCAACUUUACACAACACACGACUGAAACCUGUCAAUGUUUCCAAGGCAACCAGCAAACCUCCCACGACAUCUUCCUCCACCCAUCACUGGAAGUCUUCCUCCCAUCCUCCCCCAUCCUCCCCCCGACACCCUCCGUCCCCCCUCAGGUGUAACGUGGACUCCCUGCUCCACCUGUUCGGCGGAUGGCUGUUUGAUGCCGCUCUGAUCCACUCUGCCGGUAAUGUCACGGUGAUGUCAGAGCGGUGGGCGGCCGGUCGAGCCGAGGCGUGUGGAAUGCUCUGCAGAAUCUUCUCCUGUAAGAAAACCACAGAGGACAUCCUGUCCGUCUACCUGUCCAGGUUCUACCUGGUUCUGCUGAGGGGUGUCCAGGUGUCGGAGGAGGCGUGUCCUCCGGUCCUGGCCUCCAUCCUGCUGAACUCCACCUGUCUGUUCUGCUGCGACCUGAGAGGAGUCAACCUGCUGUUCCCCUGCUUCCUGUUCGCUGUGGAGAGCGUGCUGCUCGACAGAGAGCUGUUAAGGUUUAAGAGUUUUGUGAGACCGGUGGAUUUACGGCGAGCCUCCAUCUUGGUCCUGCUGUCCCUGCUGCCCCUCCCCCUGCAGUUAGGAUCUGUCCAAUCAGAGGUUUUAUUGGAUGGGAAGUUCAGUGGUGAUGAUGUCACAGCAGGUAACUUCCUGUCUCUGAAGCCCCGCCUCCGCAGCGUUCUGAUUGGAGCUCUGCAGACGGAGACUGACACCACCAACACUCAGAUUCUACUCGCGGCCAUGUUGAAUCUGGUUCAGGACUCGGCUCUGUUCGAGGCUGCAGGACAAACUCAGCAGCAAACUGAGUCCUGGCAAGAUGGAGCCAGUAGACCCCAAUCGACCGGGACAACCAGAGGAACCAGUGGAACCAGUGGAACCAGAGGCCCGAGUGGACACAGUGGAACCAGUGGACCCAGUGGAACCAGAGGCCCGAGUGGACACAGUGGAACCAGUGGACCCAGUGGAACCAGAGGACUGAGUGGACCCAGUGGAACCAGAGGACCCAGUGGACCCAGUGGAACCAGUGGACCUAGUGGAACCAGUGGAACCGGCGUCCAGUCAGCAGAGAUCCUGUGGGUUCAGCUUGUCCGUCUGCUGACUCAGCGUCUGAUGGCUCAGUGGAAGAAUGACUCUGCAGUUUGUCUGUCGGCACUAGAAGUACUGGCAGGACUGGCAAAGGUGGAGGUGAGUGUGGAGGAGAGCGAGAGCAGACGAGCGCUCUCUUCAGUCUGUAGUUACAUCGUGUUUCUGUGCAGUCGUCCUCCUCCUCUUCACUCCAGAGAUCUGCACUCCAUCAUCGUCGCUGCUUUCUACUGUCUCAACGUCUGGCUAACACAGCACCCCGCCAUGCUCCACCACCAGGAGUGUCUGUUGGAGGUGCUGGAGAUAGUGGAGUUGGGCAUUUCAGGCAGUAAGUCUGGAAAGGAACAGGAAGUGAGAUGUAAAGAGGAGAAAGAACUAAACCCCUCCUCUCUAAGGGUGAAGGAGGCCGCGGAAGCUACGCUGAACUGUGUGAUGCAGGUUUCGGGGGCCUUUCCGUUGCUUGGCGACCAGCUGGAUGAGGAUGCUCUGAUUGGCUGCUCCACUCUGAGUGACACCAGUGUGAAGAAGUUCAGAUAUUUUGUGGUGGGCAGCUCGGUGAUCCUCGCCAUGCUCGAACGACCACCGGGGCCGGGAGAACCGGGGCCAGGAGAAGUGGGAGAAGCGGGACCGAGAGAAGCAGGACCGAGAGAACUGGGGCCCGAACCGGGAGAAGUGGCGAAGUGUCCGUCGCUCACCGUGCUGAUCCGAGGAGCGUCAGGGCGCCACAGCUGGACGCUACAGCUCCAGCUGCAGCCCCGAGACGGAAGGACAGCCACACAGCAAACUCUGAUCCCAGAGCAGCGUGGAGUCGCCCAGGAGGAUUCUGGGAUACGAUGUGGUGUCAAACAUCAGCUGUUUCCUGACAACAUGGGCAGAGUUUCUUUAGUAAAAGCAGAUCUAAGUAUUCCACUCCUGGACGACAUCGUCACGGACAAGGUGCAUUGGCAGCUGCAGCAUCUGCAGGCCGCGUUGAAGACGCAGCGGCUGGUUGAGGCUCAGCCGCAGGUCAGCGGACGCUCGGUUGUCAUGACGAUCUGCAGGCCGCCUCCUCCAAUCAACAGCUUCCAGACAGCGAGACUCUUCCUGUCCCACCUGGGCCUCCUCACUCCAGAGACCCUGAAAAGUCCCGGCAGUGUCCCGCCUCAGCUGCUGUCUCUGGACUCGUCUCUUCCUGGUUUCUCCGACGAUCUGAAAAGAUUGGAUGAGCUGCCGUCCAGAAACUGUGACUCUGCCUCCAUCUUCUACAUGAGAGCAGGACAGAGGACAGCUGCUGAGAUCCUGAGGAACGUGGAGUCUAGCUGCAGCGUCCCGUCUUACUUCCUGGACUUCCUGUCAUCUCUCGGUUGGCCGGUAGAGGUGGGGCGACGCCAGAAGGGCGGAGUCAGCACCAACUGUUCAGAAUUCCCUGCUGUGCUGGGUGACAGUGGAGGCGGCGUGUUUGAUGGCGAGAGGUUCGUCCUGAUGUAUGUUGACGCUCUGACAGAGAUCACCUUCAUCGUCCCUUCGUCAUCAUAUUCAGCUGAUUGGUCGAAGAGUCCAGAGGAGGCGGAGCCUCUGACCAGCCAGCAGAGUAAUACUGACCUCCUCAGCCAACACUCCGCCCUCCCACCCACAAGGUCUCCAGUUGAAGACAUGAAGUCUUUUCGUGGCUCUGAAUCUAAACUCCUGAUUGUCUGGGUCGAACGCUUCGAGGAUAUCGAGAGUUUCCCUCAGACUGAGCUGCUAUCAGAGACACAAAGUCACACCAGCAUGUCAAACAUCCAGCUCAUCUUCAUCCAUCCUCUGAAAACGGGACUUUACCGGAUCUGUUUCCGUGGAAACGCCACUAGCAAGUUCAGUCUGGUUGUCCCAUUGGUCAACGGGAGUGUGGUCAGCAAACGCUCUCUGGGUUUCCUGGUCAGAGAGACAGUGAUCAACUGUUGCCAUCGGCGACGGCUAGAGAGUGACUCCACCCUACCGUCCCAUGUCAGAAGGAAGCAGAUGAUCAAUGACAUCAUCUUUCGCUACCGCAGCCGCCACUCUGAACCCGCCUUUUACACCGCCCUCUUCCAGGACCCCUGAACCCCAAACUUUAAGCCCCCUUCCAGGACCCCUGAAUCCCAAACUUGAAUCCCUCUGACAGAAGGGUUAGGGGUUAGGAGCCCUGAACCUUUUCAACAGACAGCUGAAUGUGACUAUUAUAGUUUAUGUUUUGGUAUAAUGUCAGAUUAUCACUUAGUGUUUGAUGUGAUUCUACAUGAAU